AUGGACGGCCUGAAGAAAGUCAUCCCUCUUAUCCUCCUUCUCCUUUUCGUCGCUAUCGUCGCUUUCGUGGGAUAUGCUGUCUGGACCGUCGUUCUGGAUGUGAAGAAGAAUACGCGCGCGGAAAUGGAGCGGAAGCACGUUUCUUUCUCGAGGGAUGGAAUGAAGGUUAGCAUGAAGGAGAUUAAUGAUGAGAGUUAUAAGGAUCGAACUCAGAGCGUUCUCGUUAAUAUGUGGAACCACACUUCCUUCCCGGCAUACAAAAGUCGUCUUUGGGAUAUGACGGGGUCAUCAGGCUCCAGUACUGAGAAUGGUGCUGAGAAGCGCAAGCCGUACGUCUCCCUUGUUGGAUUCUUUCUGGAGUUCGCGCGAGGAAUCUAA